GGGCUAUAGGGUUUGACCAAUGGGAGGCGGCGUUGUUGGCGGCCACGGCGGCGCAAUCCCAGGAGCGAGCGAACCCAACGCCGCCGCCACUGCUGCAGGAGGCGUGAGGAGAUAAAAACAUUCAGAUGGCAGAUAACAGUUUUUCAGAUGGGGUUCCUUCGGAUUCCUUGGAAGCUGCUAAAAAUGCCAGUACUUCAGAGAAGCUCACGGAUCAGGUGAUGCAGAAUCCCCAGGUUUUGGCGGCGCUGCAGGAGCGGCUCGACAGUGUUGCCCACACCCCUUCCAGCUACAUCGAGACCUUACCAAAAGCAGUGAAGAGAAGAAUCAACGCGCUGAAACAGCUCCAGGUGAAGUGUGCACACAUAGAAGCCAAGUUCUACGAAGAGGUCCACGGCCUAGAGCGGAAGUACGCAGCGCUGUACCAGCCUCUCUUCGACAAGAGGAGGGAAUUCGUCACCGGUGAUGUUGAGCCGACAGACGCAGAAUCGGAAUGGCACAGUGAGAACGAAGAGGAGGAUAAAUUGGCUGUAAGUUGUUUUGUUGAUGAGCGAACCUAUGUUCUCUUUAGUUGUCUCCUUAGAGUUGGCACACAGAUUGGCAGCCUCUUGUUGCUGAAGACACUGGAGAUGCGUCUGGUGGGUGCCGGUGUCUUUUGCAGUGAAGGAGUUUUGUCACGCAGCCAUACUCGUUCUUGCUCAGGGCGGGGCUGGUUCCCCUUGGCGCCGUGUGGCUCACAGUCUGUCAGUGGGUGUGUGUGGAGUCUCCGUGUGCUCACCCUGACUUUUCAUUUUCAGUCUUUCGUAUUAGAGUUCCACUUCGAACCCAAUGACUACUUCACCAACUCAGUCCUGACAAAAACGUACAAGAUGAAGUCAGAGCCAGAUAAAGCCGACCCCUUUUCCUUUGAAGGUCCUGAAAUAGUUGACUGUGACGGGUGCACUAUUGACUGGAAGAAAGGAAAAAACGUCACGGUCAAAACGAUCAAGAAAAAGCAGAAACAUAAGGGACGCGGCACUGUCAGAACAAUUAUCAAACAAGUUCCUAACGAUUCGUUUUUCAACUUUUUCAAUCCGUUGAAAGCAUCUGGAGAUGGAGAAUCACUGGAUGAAGAUUCCGAGUUUACUUUAGCCUCCGACUUCGAGAUUGGACACUUCUUUCGUGAGCGGAUAGUCCCACGGGCUGUGCUGUACUUCACAGGGGAGGCCAUAGAGGAUGAUGACAACUUUGAAGAAGGCGAAGAAGGGGAAGAGGAGGAAUUAGAAGGUGACGAGGAGGGAGAAGAGGAGGACGACACCGAUGUCAACCCCAAGAAGGAGCCCAGCCAGCCGUCCGAGUGCAAGCAGCAGUGAGACGCCAGCGCCGCCCGCAGACGCGUCAGGACUCGGCCCGGCCGCAACAGCCUCACACCCCCGCUGACAGUGCUUCCAGCAACUCGUUUUCAAGUGCAUGAUUUUCACUUUAACUUUUCCCUUUACCUUAUGAUUUCGCUUAACCUGUACAGUGGCAACUUUAAUGCGUUUCAGAAAUAGGUUUAAUUCCGGCACCCUCCACGGCCUCGGAUGCAGCUCAGUGGACUUCGCAGGCUCUGCUUUUGGGAGCGCCCCAGAGGCCACACCAGGGUGGGGGUGAAAGGUCACUGGUCGCCCAGGGCGGGGGCAUCUAGACGCAGUCACCUCACUGCCGCCAUCGGACUGAUUCUUCUUUCACGCGCUUCGUUCCCCGCCGGCCGGGCUUCGGCCUCUGCCGUCUCUGCGAGCCGCGCGGCGCGGUCCUGUCUUCAGCGUCCUCUCGUUUUCUGUCCUCGGGGUGGGGGUGGGGUGUGGCUCACGGCGCUGAGGCGCGAGCUCGUGUGGUUGGUUCAUCCUCGUAUUUAUUUGUUCUUUCGUGCUGUGAGGGCUUGGGCCGCGUGCCGUCCCUUGUCCUUAGUGUUUCUGAAACCAUGUUUGUGGCUGGAGACCUGACGACGUGGCCACACGGAGGGGGUGGCAUCUUUUCUGGAAGCGAGGCCUGCGCAGGAGGAACAGCAGUCCUGCCGCUCGCUGCUGCCCCGGGGGCUGGUGUCCGGGCCGCGCGGACCACCUCGGCUUCGGGCGGGCGGGGGGCAGAGCCCGGUGCGCCCAUCGUCCGUGGCGAGGGCGCGGGCAGGGGGCAGGGGACACAGCUCCUGUUCUGUGUCAGU